AUGGCAAACCAGGUUGAUCCUCCUCGUAGCUUUGACUGGAGGAACUUGAUCAAUUCUCAAUGGAAGGACGCAAAUUAUAAACGAAGAGCCAUUGCAAGCCUUGUACAGGCAGCGUACUUGCUCGAGCUCGAUAGACAAGAGAACAGAACUCAAGAUAAUUCUCUAGCUUCGGAAUUUUGGAUUCCCUUGAACUAUAAGCCUACACAAAUAUUGAUUGAUCAAAGAGAUGGAUCCAUUUUUGGUGCAAUAUUUGAGUGGGAUCGGUUCAAGCCAUUUAAACCAAUCGGUGCCCCGAGAGCCGUUUUAGCACUUAGAGGAACAUUGAUAAGAGUCCCUACAGUGCGAAGAGAUUUUGUAGAUGAUUUCCGUUUUGCUGCUUGGGAAAGCUUGAAAGACUCUGUGAGGUUUAAAGUAGCUACGGAUGCGGUAAAAUCGGUUUCUAAAACCUAUGGAUGCAGAAAUGUUUGCAUUGCUGGACAUUCUUUAGGCGCUGGAUUGGGUCUUCAGGUGGGAAAGGAAUUGGCAAAGGAAAGAAUUAAUGUGGAAACUCAUGUAUUUAAUCCUCCAGCGGUUUCACUUGCUAUUAGUCUUGGAAAUAUUGGAGAAAUGGCUGAGUAUGUUUGGAGUGGAAUCAAAGAUAUGCUUCCUUCAGGUACCGAGGCGCAAGUCAGCAACAGUGUGGACGAGGCGCAAGUCAGCAACAGUGUGGACGAGACUUACAUUAUACGAUUGAAGAAGAUGAUAUCUCGGUUAUCGUGCUUUAUGGACUCUGGUUUAGGAAGAAGAAGAUGGGUUCCUCAUAUUUAUGUUAACAAGAAUGAUUGGAUCAGUUACUUUUAUAUUCAUACCCAUGGAACAAAAGAGGAGAUCGGCAAUGUGGAGAAUGUAGAUCCUACAGUUGAGCAAAAUGAAGCCAAGUUGUUUGUUGUCUCAAUGGAAGACCAGAAGUUUCGUGAGGCUCAUGGCCUGAAACAAUGGUGGUCAAAUGACGGUAACCACGAUAACAAAGUCACAAGCAUGCAACUUAAAUCUUUGAACAGUGGUACACUUUCUCAGGUAGUACUUUUCUAUUAUCCACAAUAUGUUUCAUUAGCCACUAGUUGCAUAAAUAUUAGAGAAGCUUCGGAUUAUGUUUGGAGUAUACUUAAAUGCGUGCUUAGUCGUAUAAGUUCUAAAGCUCAAAUCAACAACGAUGGAGAAGUGAGUUCAGGUAUAGAUUUGGUGGGUUUGAUACCUUCAUUAUCUGGCUUGAAGGAUACCGGCUAUUGGGUGUGCAAAUGGAUUCCUCGCAUGUAUGUUGGCGCCAAAGAGAAGAUGGUUGGAAAGGAGAAUAGGGAUCUUGAAGACGGCCAAAUUACUCCGAAAUUGCUUAUUUUCUCAAAGGAACAACUGAAAUUUCUUGCAGCUCAUGGCCUAGAACAAUGGUGGUCAAAUGCUGUAGAACUUCAGAAAACUAUCUGUGAUGGAAAACUCGUAAGCAGGAAAGUGAAAUCUCUAUACAUCGGUACACUCUGGGAAGUGACAAAAGGAUCAAAUCUUGCUUUUAUUUCACUUGCUGCUUAUUGGGUGUGGAAUUGUGUUCCUCAUCGGUAUGUUAACAAGAACUGUGGCAUUGAGGAGAAGGAGGUUCACAAGAAGGAGAAUGUGGAUUGUGCAAAUGCGAGAAUAACUUCAAAGUUGUGUGUUGUUUCCAAAGAACAACAAAAAUUUCUGACAACUCAUGGCUUGGAACAAUGGUGGCCAAGUGAUGCAGAUUUGCAGCAAGCAAUCCAGGAAAGUAACCUCAUGAGCAGGAAAAUUAGAUCUUUAUACACGGAAACGUCUUGGGAAGUAACAAAAAGAUUAAAUCCUUUAACGUCACUUCCCAUUUGUUUCGCUAAUAUAAGAGAAAAAGAAGAAUUUGCAUGGAAAUGGAAUAGUAUUAAAUCUGUAAUGCUUUCAAAUAGUGAAUCUCAGGCGAGCAAUGAUUACGAUAACAAGACACCAUAUGUAUCAUUGCAGAGUUGGAUGUCUCCAUUAUCAAGCUUCAAGGACACCGGUUUUGCUGUGGUAAAAAAGGCUUCUCCUAUGUUGAAUCUGCCUUUUGUUUCACCGGUUAUGAGUCAUGGAAAUAAUGAAGAAAAGGGCAACUUUGUUUCGAGUAGUGAAAUUCGAGUGAGCAAUGAUUCAGACAAGACUUCAUGUGAAGGUUUGAAGAAUUGGACACCUUCAUUAUCUGGCUUGAAGGAUGCUGCGAUAGGAAUAGGAAAAUUGGUUCCAUAUCUGUACUCUAACAAGAGUGAUGCUGGCAUAGCAGAGAAGAUGGUUGACAAGGAAAACAAGGGUCCUUUGAAAUAA